AUGAGCGGAGGGCAUCGAUUUAAUAAAAAGUUUAACUCGCUAGAUAAACGAGGAAUCGGAGGAUCAGUUCAUCCUGUGAAUAACUUGAAAAGUGGAAAUAGUAGCCAAAGAUCAGUGAGUCCUCCAACCGGGUCUAAAUUCUCAGUUCGAAAUCAAUUGAGGGAUAUAUUUGGUGGGCUGGUGGAUAAUUCCAGAAAUCUUAGAAAAAGCGUUGAGAAUACAUUGCAUGAUCCAGUAGUUGAGUCGGACGAUUCUGAUAAUGGUGGUAAAGAUGGAGAAGAAUUGAUAAGCGUUAAAAGUUUAUUGGGUAAGGAUACAUUCACCUUCAAUGGAGACUUAGAUGAGAACCUGGGUGAGAUGUUAGUGGUCAGAUCAAUGCUGAUCAAUGGAGAAUCGGUACAGCAGGGCAGGCCGGGAGAGUUGACCUUUAGAAUUUCAAUCAACGAUGACUUCUUACUUUUCACUCAAAAGCAGAGACUAAUAGCAGUAAUAUCAAGGAAUCAUGAAUUCAAGAGCAUAAAUUUUAGCAUAAACAAAAGAGCCAUAUUAAUUGAGCUAACCAAUAAUUCGGGCUAUAUUUAUUUGAAGUACACCGAGGACGAUAGCAAUAUCGUUUCUUACUUUUUGAAGAAUAAGCAGUGGAAUGUUAAUACUCCUACAAGAGUUGUGAAUGACUUAUUACUAGAAAAAAUUAGUAUCAUAAAACGAAAGAGAGCAGACCUAUUGGGAAAAAGCCCAUCAUCAAACGAUAAAGCCACAUCAGAUAGACUACCAGUGUUAUCACCAGAUGCAAUGUAUGGAAGGACAAGGUCUUCGAGUCGUAUUAGUGGGUACUCGCCUCUACUGAAUGAAAAUGGUAUAACUACAAAAUCACAUAGCAUAUAUGACGAGGACUUGGUCAAACCCAAUGCAGUACCAAAACUCUUUGAAGUUGAACUCAAAUAUAUAUUUACAGAUAAGAAAGUGUUCAGCAUAACAUAUUCAGACUUUAAAACAUUAUAUGAUAACGAUUGGAUCAACGACUCUUUGAUAGAUUUUUUUAUAAAAUAUGAAAUGGACAAGGCGGUUUAUCAGAAGCAUCUAUUUAAACAAUCGGAUAUAUAUGCAUUUAAUUCAUUUUUCUUUACAAAAUUAAUGUCUGGAGAUGAAUUUGAUGAUAAUAUAGAUUAUUACGGUAAUAUCAAAAGAUGGCUCAACAAAUUAGAUCUCAUGAGCUACCCUAAUAUUAUAAUACCGAUUAAUGAAAACUUGCACUGGUAUUGCUGUGUAAUCAAAGGAUUACCGCAAUUGUUGGAAUCUGCAUUAAAAAGAAAAGAGAAAUUAGCAUCUUUGAACCGUGCUGGAGAUAUGAACGAAUCAAAUUAUGAAGAAUUAGAUGGUGAUAAUAGUACUCUGGAAUCUACUUCAGCGUCUGUUGCACUGUCGCCUGAAGCUUCUGCAAAGAUGAAAAAGCCGUAUCAACCAGAGAUUUUCAUUUUUGAUUCUUUACGUCAAAAGCACACUAACAUUCACUUUCCUUUAAAAAAGUUUAUUAUUGACUAUUGCAAAGAUAAAUAUGAUGUAGAUAUCGAGAAAAAUGAGAUACGCAUGCAUUCUGCAAAAGUUCCGAAGCAGAAUAACUUUAAUGAUUGCGGUAUACAUGUUAUUUAUAAUGUUAGAAAAUGGUUAAAUAACUCUGAGGAAUGUGAAAGGAUUUGGAGGAGCUCUCAUCUGAGAAGUGCGUCUAGACUACUUUUUAUUGCAGAAGAAAGAAAUGGCAUGCGUAGAGAAUUGAGGAAUAUAUUAUUGAAUUUGAAGAAAAAACAAAUCAUCGAACAAACUGAUGUUGCUGAGGAUAAGAAUUCUUGCUAUGCAGAUGACGAUAUAGAAGUCUUAGAAUACACCCCUGUUGUGAGUAACAGAUCCACAAAGCUGCCCAAAUUAGAUGAAGAGGAACUGAACGACAAAUUGGAGACAAAGAAAGCAUCAAAAAAUUCUUAUUCCGAGCAAGAUGAAUUUCAAGGAAUUCGGACAUUAGACCCCAAAGCAAAAGAUAAAUAUGCUGGAAAUAGUGCCCAAGAUGUAAAAUAUGCUACUUCCAAGGUUCCCACAGUUAAAAAGCAACAGCCUCCUAUAAGGGUAGAAAAUGAAAUGUUGAGGGACUCCCUAUCUGGCCUUGAUUUAUCUCGUACAUUCCAAGAGGUACUUAAUGAUUAUUUUUCGAAUGAUGAAAACAUUACCGAUUCACAAUUACAAAGGGUUUUUCAACUCAGAGACGAAAUCAAUGAAUUGGAUGACAAACAAGAUAAAGACUUAAUCACGCGAUUCAUCACUAGUUUUGUUGGGGACUCCAACGAUAUGAAAGAGAAAGAGCAUGAGAAAGCUAUGCGACCCAAAGAUGAAGAACUAGUGAUCAUGCAUUGUAGUGACAACGAGGAAUUAAAUCAAAGUGUCAAUGGAUUAUCUUUAUCAAAUACAUCUGAUAGCAACAAGUAUAAUGAGACUCCAAAUAGGAAAAGCAGAAAAAGUUCAAUUACAGCCCUACCAAAAAAUCAAGCAAUCAUAGACUUUAAGGAAUCUAUAACAAAUAACAGAGAUUCAAUAGAGAUGUCAUCUCCUUCGGAUUUUAAUGCACUGAAUCUUAAAACUUCUAGUCCCUCGAGAGAAGCAGAUAUAGAAUUAUACACCGGUAGUAGUCAGAGCCCAAAUGAUGAACAAAAGCAAUCAAAAAUACAACGAAGCCAAACACCAAAUCUGGAAAUAUCUACGUAUAGUAUGGGUUCACCUACCACACCUACAUCUAAAACAACGUUAUUUGGUAGAAGUUCUACGUUGAAAAGACGUAAACUCGAUAAUGAAAAGCAUAAGUAG